GAGCCGGGGCCCUGGCCUCAGCCGGACUGGGAGUCCGAGGCGGCGAUCGCCGAGCAGGCUGCAGUCGGGGUCCGGGCGCACUCCGGGGGCGCGGCGAGGCGGAGGGGGCGGGCACCGGGCGGAGCCGGAGUCGGAGUCGCGGCGCCUGGAGGAGAUCGGGCCGCGCGCUGAGAGCACCGAGUGGCGGAGAGGCCGCGCGGCGCGGGGCAGGGCCCGAGCGCAGCCCCCGGACGCAGGAGACCGGAGCGCAGUCGCGGCCUGAGCGGCGGGAGCGCAUCCGAGACCCGCCGCAGGGACACCCAAGCCGGCCACUCCCGGGCCAUGCGCGCCGCUCGCUGAGACCCGGGGAGGCCGCGAUGGAGACGCCAGCGGGAGAGUCAUCGGCGCGGGGCUACGGCCCCCCGCCUGCGCCCGCGCCCGCCGCGGAGAGGAAGAAAAGCCACCGCGCGCCAUCACCAGCCCGGCCCAAGGACGUGGCCGGCUGGUCUCUGGCCAAAGGCCGCCGCGGCACAGGCCCGGGCUCCGCUACAGCCUGUGGCACCGCGUCCUCGGCGAGGCCCGACAAGAAGGGGCGCGCGGUGGCUCCUGGUACCCGAGGCACGGGGCCUCGGGUGGCCGGGGUGCGCACGGGGGUCCGCGCCAAGGGUCGCCCUCGUCCCGGUACCGGGCCCCGCCCGCCGCCGCCGCCGCCCAGCCUCACGGACAGUAGCUCCGAGGUGUCGGACUGCGCGUCGGAGGAGGCGCGCCAGUUGGGCCUGGAGCUGGCGCUGAGCAGCGACGCCGAGUCUGCGGCGGGCGGCCCGGCGGGGACCCGCACCGGGCAGCCGCCCCAGCCAGCGCAGUCGGGGCAGCAGCCUCCGCGGCCUCCCGCCUCCCCGGAUGAGCCGUCGGUGGCCGCAUCGUCGGUGGGCAGCAGCCGCUUGCCACUCAGCGCCUCGCUAGCCUUCUCCGACCUCACCGAGGAGAUGCUGGACUGUGGGCCCGGAGGCUUGGUGCGGGAGCUGGAAGAGCUGCGUUCCGAGAACGACUAUCUCAAGGAUGAGAUUGAGGAGCUACGGGCUGAGAUGCUGGAGAUGCGGGAUGUCUACAUGGAGGAAGACGUGUAUCAGCUGCAGGAGUUGCGGCAGCAGCUGGACCAAGCCAGCAAAACCUGUCGCAUCCUGCAGUACCGACUGCGUAAGGCUGAGCGCCGCAGCCUCCGCGCUGCCCAGACAGGCCAGGUUGAUGGGGAACUCAUCCGAGGUCUGGAACAGGACGUCAAGGUCUCUAAGGACAUCUCCAUGCGGCUUCACAAGGAGCUGGAGGUGGUGGAGAAGAAGCGGAUGAGGCUGGAGGAGGAGAACGAGGGGCUUCGACAGAGGCUCAUUGAGACAGAGCUGGCCAAGCAGGUGCUACAGACGGAGCUGGAUCGUCCCAGAGAGCAUUCCUUGAAGAAAAGAGGAACCCGGUCUCUGGGGAAGACAGAUAAGAAGCCUACUGCACAGGAGGAUAGUGCAGACCUGAAGUGCCAGCUGCAUUUUGCAAAGGAGGAGUCGGCCCUCAUGUGCAAGAAGCUCACCAAGUUGGCUAAGGAGAACGACAGCAUGAAGGAGGAGCUGCUCAAGUACAGAUCGCUCUAUGGGGACCUGGAUGCAGCCCUGUCGGCAGAGGAGCUGGCGGAUGCUCCGCACUCCCGUGAGACUGAGCUGAAGGUGCACCUGAAGCUGGUGGAGGAGGAGGCCAACCUGCUGAGCCGGCGCAUAGUGGAGCUGGAGGUGGAGAACCGUGGCCUGCGAGCCGAGAUGGACGACAUGAAGGACCACGGGGGUGGCGGGGGUCCCGAGGCCAGGCUGGCCUUCUCUUCUCUGGGUGGUGAGUGCGGGGAGAGCCUAGCCGAGUUGCGGCGCCACCUGCAGUUCGUGGAAGAGGAGGCUGAGCUGCUGAGGCGCUCCUCAGCUGAGCUGGAGGACCAGAACAAGUUGCUGCUGAACGAGCUGGCCAAAUACCGCUCGGAGCACGAGCUGGACGUGACGCUGUCGGAGGACAGCUGCUCCGUGCUCAGCGAGCCCUCGCAGGAGGAGCUGGCAGCCGCCAAGCUGCAGAUCGGCGAGCUCAGCGGCAAGGUCAAGAAGCUGCAGUAUGAGAACCGCGUGCUCCUCUCCAAUCUGCAGCGCUGUGACCUGGCCUCCUGCCAGAGCACACGCCCCAUGCUGGAGACGGACGCUGAGGCUGGGGACUCUGCGCAGUGCGUGCCUGCCCCUCUGGGUGAGACGCUGGAGCCCCACGCCGCCCGGCUGUGCAGGGCCCGUGAAGCCGAGGCGCUGCCCGGCCUACGGGAGCAGGCCGCUUUGGUCAGCAAGGCCAUCGACGUCCUGGUGGCUGAUGCCAAUGGCUUCUCAGUCGGCCUCCGCCUGUGCCUGGACAAUGAGUGUGCUGACUUGCGACUGCACGAGGCGCCUGACAACAGCGAGGGCCCCAGGGAUGCCAAGCUCAUCCACGCCAUCCUGGUGCGGCUGAGUGUGUUGCAACAGGAGCUGAACGCCUUCACCCGCAAGGCAGAUGUGGCCUUGGGGAGCUCUGGCAAGGAGCAGCCUGAGCCCUUCCCUGCUCUGCCUGCCUUGGGCUCCCAGGGCCCUGCUAAGGAGAUCAUGCUGUCCAAAGACCUUGGCUCUGACUUCCAGCCACCUGACUUCAGAGACCUGCUUGAGUGGGAGCCCAGGAUCCGAGAGGCCUUCCGUACCGGGGACUUGGAGUCCAAGCCUGACCCUAGUCGGAACUUCAGGCCCUACCGAGCUGAAGAUAACGAUUCUUAUGCCUCUGAGAUCAAGGAUCUUCAGCUGGUCCUGGCCGAGGCCCACGACAGCCUCCGGGGCUUGCAAGAGCAGCUGUCCCAGGAGCGGCAGCUCCGGAAGGAGGAGGCUGACAGCUUCAACCAGAAAAUGGUCCAGCUGAAGGAAGACCAGCAGAGGGCGCUGCUGAGACGGGAGUUUGAGCUGCAGAGUCUGAGCCUCCAGCGGCGACUGGAGCAGAAGUUCUGGAGCCAAGAGAAGAACAUCCUGGUGCAGGAGUCCCAGCAGUUCAAGCACAACUUUCUGCUGCUCUUCAUGAAGCUCCGGUGGUUCCUGAAGCGCUGGCGGCAGGGCAAGGUUCUGCCCAGCGAAGAGGAUGACUUCCUGGAGGUGAACAGCAUGAAGGAACUGUACCUGCUGAUGGAGGAAGAGGAGAUGAACGCCCAGCACUCGGAUAACAAGGCCUGCACAGGGGAGAGCUGGACCCAGAACACGCCUAAUGAGUGCAUCAAGACCCUGGCCGACAUGAAGGUCACCCUGAAGGAGCUGUGCUGGCUGCUCCAGGACGAGCGUCGGGGUCUGACUGAACUUCAGCAGCAGUUCGCAAAGGCCAAGGCCACCUGGGAGACAGAGCGUGCAGAGCUCAAGGGCCACGCCUCGCAGAUGGAGCUGAAGGCUGGGAAGGGUGCCAGUGAGAGGCCCGGGCCUGACUGGAAGGCUGCACUGCAGAGAGAGCGGGAGGAGCAGCAACACCUCCUGGCAGAGUCCUACAGCGCCGUCAUGGAGCUGACGAGGCAGCUGCAGCUGAGCGAGCGCCACUGGAGCCAGGAGAAGCUGCAGCUGGUGGAGCGGCUGCAGGGAGAAAAGCAGCAGGUGGAGCAGCAGGUGAAGGAGCUGCAGAACCGCCUCAGUCAGUUGCAGAAGGCUGCCGAGCCCUGGGUCCUGAAGCACUCAGACAUGGAGAAGCAAGACAACAGCUGGAAAGAGGCACGAAGUGAGAAGACCCAUGACAAGGAGGGUGUCUCUGAAGCUGAGCUCGGGGGAACUGGCUUAAAGAGGACCAAAUCAGUCUCCUCCAUGUCUGAGUUUGAAAGUUUGCUCGACUGCUCCCCGUACCUUGCUGGCGGGGAUGCCCGGAACAAGAAGCUGCCCAACGGCCCUGCUUUUGCCUUUGUGAGUACUGAGCCAGUGGAGCCUGAGAAAGACGCCAAGGAGAAGGCGGGGCUUUCCACCCGGGACUGUAGCCACAUUGGUAGCUUGGCCUGUCAGGAACCUGCAGGGAGACAGAUGCAGCGCAGCUACACGGCUCCAGACAAGACGGGAAUCCGAGUCUACUAUAGUCCGCCAGUGGCCCGGCGCCUGGGUGUCCCUGUGGUCCAUGACAAGGAGGGCAAGAUCCUCAUUGAGCCAGGCUUCCUCUUCACUACCGCCAAGCCCAAGGAGUCAGCCGAGGCUGACGGGCUGGCCGAGAGCUCCUACAGCCGGUGGCUUUGCAAUUUCUCCCGGCAGCGGCUGGAUGGAGGAUCCGGGGCCAGCACCUCGGGUUCCGGACCUGCUUUCCCCGCCUUGCAUGACUUUGAGAUGUCGGGCAACAUGAGUGACGACAUGAAGGAGAUCACCAACUGCGUGCGGCAGGCCAUGCGCUCCGGCUCUCUGGAGAGGAAGGUAAAGAACACAUCCAGCCAGACGGUAGGCGUGGCCACCGUGGGCACCCAGACCAUUCGGACGGUCAGUGUAGGUCUUCAGACCGACCCACCCCGCAGCAGCCUCCACAGCAAGAGCUGGUCACCCCGCAGCUCCUCGCUUGUGUCUGUGCGCAGCAAGCAGAUCUCUUCCUCCCUGGACAAGGUCCAUUCUCGCAUUGAGCGGCCAUGUUGCUCGCCCAAGUACGGCUCACCCAAGCUCCAGAGACGAUCGGUGUCCAAGCUGGAUAGCACCAAGGACCGCAGCCUGUGGAACCUGCACCAGGGCAAGCAAAAUGGCUCCGCCUGGGCUCGCUCCACCACCACACGGGAUAGCCCUGUACUGAGGAACAUCAAUGAUGGGCUUUCUAGCCUCUUUAGUGUGGUGGAGCACUCUGGGAGCACCGAGUCUGUGUGGAAACUGGGCAUGUCUGAGGCCCGAACCAAACCUGAGCCUCCCAAGUAUGGCAUUGUUCAGGAGUUCUUCCGGAACGUGUGUGGCCGGGCACCGAGCCCCACUACUGCAGCAGGCGAGGAAAGCUGCAAGAAACCAGAGCCCCUUUCGCCAGCCAGCUACCAUCAACCCGAGGGUGUAUCCAGGAUCCUGAACAAGAAGGCGGCCAAGGCAGGUGGUAGCGAAGAGGUCAGACCCACCAUGCUGUCCCAGGUGGGGAAGGAUGGCAUCCUUCGGGAUGGAGAUGGAUCCUUGAUCCUUCCCAGUGAGGAUGCCGUAUGUGACUGUAGCGCCCAGUCACUUGCCUCCUGCUUCAUCCGGCCAUCCCGCAACACCAUCCGGCACUCUCCUUCCAAGUGCAGGCUGCACCCUUCAGAGUCAGGCUGGGGCGGGGAGGAGAGGGCAGCUCCCCAGUGAGUCCCUGAGCAACCAAGCACCCACCUCAAGCAGCCCAGACCCUGGAGAUGAGGCAAGGGCUCGUGUCCUCAGCCUCAGUCCAUCCAGGAGGAAUGGCAGCUGUGCCACUGCCACAGAAGAGCUUUCACAUUAAGGUAAAGCAAGGUGUCUUGCUGACUGCUGGGCAGUGACCUCUGAUUUCCAGGGGAAGACAGUGAGCAAGGAGAACGACCAAACCUGGGUGACCAGGACUGGGCCUCAAAAGCACCUGAAGAGCUCAGCAAGUCAGCUCUGGAUCCCAAAGGGGGCCUGGUACCACCCACACCGCUUCUUAGAAGGAUCCAGAAAAGGAGGCAUUUCUGGCCAGGCUCCAGGACCAAGACUGGCAGAGGUGCUCCCUUCUGACCACGUGUGGAGGAGAAGCCACCCAGAGAAUUCCACUUUGCUCAGGGCCCGGCUUGAGGCUCUCAGAAGAGUUGGGCCUGGGUGUGACCGUCACUUCUUGCUCCCUCCUCUCAGCCCUGCUGCUCUGGUUGUUAGACCUGCCUGGAGCAGGGAAUGGGGACAUGAUAGAGCAGAUUUCAGGGCUAAGUACACUUGGAAUCCUGGAGCUCUGGAGACCCCUGUCUGUGCCUACAUGUAGCAAGAACUGGGAGGCAGGUAGGAGUAUGUAGGGUUCAGAGUAGGAGGCCAGAAGAGCUGACUCCCUUGUCAUGGGGACAUGAGGGCCCAACUUUUGUAGUACAUGAGAACAAAAAUGGUAGCAUCUAUCUCAGCACCUGACAAAGAGGUACAUUCCUCAAUGCCAUGUCUCGAUCCCUAGGGCCUCUUGGUAGCAGGGUUCGGCGUCACAGACCUGCAGCAGCAGAAACACUUCCUGGGAGAGACUAUUGGAUAGGUCAGACCAGAGGGAGAGCCAAGAGGCCAAGACAUAGCCCAAGACAAGGGACUACAUUGUUUAUUUGCCUAGAUUGUUUAUUUGAAUUUUUCAUACUAUAAAUAUUUAAGGUGAUUUACUUUAUUUUAAUAAUUUAACUUACCCCACCCUCACCCCCCCAGAGCCCCUAAGGUAAUUUAUUAGAGGUAUCCUUGCCACUGGGACAGUGUGGGGCUUGUGACAGCAUGGAGUCCCCCGUGUGGCUGAGGCAGCUCAGUAGCAGGCUCAGGUCUCCUGGUCUUGUCAGAAGGGCCCUCAGCGGAGCUGGGGCUCUGCACCUUGUUCCUCCAGUACCAUUUAGUCUCAGAGCACUACAUUUCCCUCGUCACCCGGUAGGUGGCCCGGCCUCUACAGGCCAGACUGUAAGUGCUUCAGACAAACUGCAGGCCCGAAUGAUGUCAUCACUCCCCAGACAUCCUCCACCAUCCUUCCCAUCCCUCCCUUCCCGCCAGCACCUCUUCUCAUGAGAGUCAAACACAGAUGACUGCGGCUCUGUUCCUUCCACAUUCCCGAAGUAAGAACUCGCAGGAAAACAGGAUGGACUUGUAGAAUGUUGUCGAUUGCAGCUUUGCACACGGAUCUGAGAGUGUCUACCAGCCUGCCAGCCUGUUCACCAGCGCUUCUCUUAGCCUUAUAGCCACUCGUGGCUCCUCAUGCCCAAACUCGACUGCCUGUCCUUCCUACACCCCUAGGAGUCGCCUGAACCACACCAGUAUAACUCAACUGCAGUAUGGGGAGGGCUCACAUUGCCUCCCCUUGGUGCCAAGGAACCAAUUACAGUUGUACACAUGUGACGUGCCACCCUCCUGUUCCUGGCUGGGGACCCGGACUCAUCCAGGGAUGGAUUGGCUUUUGUGCAGAGGUCCCCUUGGAAAGGCAGAGAGCCAGCUAGCUGCAUAGCUGGUUUGCUCCAGAACUAGGGAGAUGCCUCUACACUCCCACCUACCUGUACCCAGGCUAUCUUUUUAGAAACACCUGGGCCAGUUACCCAAAGCCCCUCGACCCCAUUUCCUAUGGGCAGUAUAUCAGGGUCAGUGCUUUCUAGCAGCUGUUGACUCGUGUCCAGUAACUUGCGUGGGCAUAGUCAGCAGGCCAUUGGACCGAGGACCAGGUCCCUCCAGGAUGCAAAUGCUCUCCUCUAAGAGGUCAGAGGCCCCUCUAAGGUUAUUUCUAGCUGAGGGGACCACACCAGGCCACAAGCCACCAGAGGCCUUCUGCCACCUCCCAGAGCUACUGAGAGCUUGGGAGGCUUUGAGAAAAGUCCCUACAGCCCUGAACUUCAGGGCUUAGGGGCCGUUCAGCCUUACCAUCGUCUCUGUAUGGGUUGUGCAUUUCCACUGUCUCAGCACCUGGCUCCUGUGGCCCCCAACAGGUGUUGCAAGCUCCAGGUCUUGUUUUUCAGUCACCGUUUCUAAUUCUUGCUUGCCACUGUGCAAGGCCACUUGUCACUGUCCCUAUGGAAGCCUCUGGACAUAGGGCUCAGUGGGGUUGAAAAUGUUCCGUGUAAAUAUUGGUUUGGUUUGAUCUUUAGCAUUUUACUUGGUAACUGGUUCUGUUUUCUUUGGGGGUGGGGUGGAAGGGUCAGUUUGUAAAUCUCUCUACUCUUUUGAAAUGUAAUUUCUAAGUUUGUUUGUUUCUUCAAAUGCCUUUUAUGUCUUGGUAACAUUCCCAAAGCAGAAAACUGCCUGGCUUACAUGGGGGCACGCCCCUUGAGGCCUGGGGUCAUGGGAAGGAGCUCCACCCCUCCUCCUAUCUAUGCUCUUUCUGUUCACCUCUGUUUUUCUCCUCCUCUUCCUCUUCCUCUCCCUCCUUCUCCUCUUCAUCCUCUUCUUCCUCCUCCUCCAGCUUCUACCCUACUCCCAGAACCAACGUCCCAAGGAACCUUAGGGUCCCAUCCUCUAAAAGAUUGCCUGGCUUGUGCUCACAGGGUUGACACAGAUUGGCUGGAGGCACGAGGGAGAGCUAAGUUACAUGGUUGAAACUAAGCUAUGUCUCACCUCUUCCCAGGGCUAAACCAAAUGAGACUGUCUAGGAGGCAUUGGUGACUGGUUUUGAAUUGAGACUCAGAGCCUUUUAGGGACCCCUGACUGAAUAAGGCAUCAUCAGCAUUUAUCGCCCUUUACCCUGUAGCCUUCCUCCCACCAAGGCUGGCCUCUAGAGAUCUUGUUCUCUAGGUGCUCAAGUCAGGCCCUGUCUCUUGGCCUAUCCAGGGAUAUUCAUCUACCAGCUGGCCUCCAGGUGACAAGAAUGAGUACUCAAAAGACUUGACCUUCUAGGCACCACCGUGCUGCUCUCGCUCUGUACCUUUGAUGGAUACAUCUGUCACUCAGCUUUGUCCCUUACCUGGACAGAACCCAGACUCUUACCCUUACCCAAAAUGGAUCCAGUUCCACUGCCUCCCUCUCCCUCCUCACUGUAAUAGCAACCAUCCUUCCACCAUCCUCCCUAGAGCACUAUACUGUUUAGGGGGUCACGUCACCAUCUCCCCAUCUCUCCUUAGUCUCUCAAGGGCAACUCUUGAGGGGCAGUUUUGACAGGAUAGGGUUUAGUGCUCUCAUUCUAUAAAGGAGAAAACAGAGUUUUUGCCCUAGAGCCUGAACCAGGAAGUCAUCAACUGUAUAGCUGGAUUCUUCCCUGCUUUCUAUACAAACUCACUGGGACGCUGGCUAGAUUCAAAGCAUCCCAAACUCGCCACUGCCAAACCCAGAGACAGACUUCCAAUUCUGGACCAGAGGGUAGUUCCAGGGACCCACUGCACCUGAACCUCUGAGAGCAAGUUCAUCAUGAAGAUUUCUAGGCCUUACCACAGCCUCUGGACAGAGGUCCUAUGGGCUUAGCCCCCUGGAGAUCCAUAGGCACCAGUGACCAGUGUUUACAUCCACAGUACCAGCCAUUCCUAACUUUAGCAUCCUGAGUCAGUGUUCAUAGUGCCCUGAGCCCUGAGCUGUGAUCUGGGGCUGAGGGUGUCUCAGCCAAACUCUGCUUUGGGUAAAUUACUCCAAGGGUUUUCAAAGGGCAUCAAAACAGUCUUCCGUCUUAGUCAUACGUUUCAUAAAACGACAAAGCCAGAAAGGCUGGUGGCACAGGCCUUAAAUCCUGGCUGCUGAGGAGGCAGAAACAGGAGGAUUGAGUUCAAAGCAUGUUUGGGCUGUGGAGUGAGUUCAAGAUCAGCCUGGGCAAUUUUCUAAGGUCUUAGCUCAAUGAUUUUAGCAAGUGGUUGGUAGCUCAGUGGUCGACGCUUGUUUCACAUGUGUAAGGCCCUGGGUUCUCUCCCUACUGUUGGGAAACAAAACUGGGAAAUCAGAGGACAAGAACUAAGGGUAUGUCUUAAUUACAUACUUUAAAGUAUACUCCCUUCCUCCCCCUGCUGUUUGUUUGUCUUGUUUUUGUUUUUAGAUAUAAUCUUGCUAUGUAUCCCUGGCCGGUCUGGAAAUAGCCAUGCAGACCUUAAAUCUGUGGUAAUUUUCCUGCCUCUGCCUCUCAAGUUCUGGAAUUGCAGGCAUGCGCUACCAUACCCAGCCUUAAAUUUCAUUCUCCAGUUUCCUAGAGGCCAUGGCGAGAAGUGAAACAUGGGACUCACUCUGUAGACCAGGCUAGCCUUGAACACAGAAAUCCGCCUGCCUCUGCCUCUCAAGUGCUGGGAUUAAAGGUGUGUGCCACCACCGCCCGGCCAGAAGUGAAACACUUUUAUCAGCAAAUCAUGAUUACUCCUAGAGACAAACUGAUGUGGAACUGGAGAUCUCUUUACAGACCCUGGAUCUGACUGGUGUAAUACCAGGUUAGCCUAAGAUAAGACAUGUUUUCCAGAAGACUAGUUACAAAAUAUUAAACUGCCCCCACUUUGAAUGACCUUGGCCCAAUCACGUGGCUAGUCUAUGUCUCAGUUCCCCCAGCUAUAAAGUGGUGGCUGUGGAGAAGACCACAUAUAUCAUGCCUGUUUGUCUGAAAAAAAAGCUGGCAUUCUAUAUAAAUCCGAAUGAAUCUGACCAUGCUCUUUAUAGCAUUGAGCCCCUCAGUUGCCCUGGCUCCAAGCACCUCCUUCCCUCAUUGGCCUUUAAUAGAAGGGGGCCAGAGGAGAAUCUCACCAACCUGCUCACGUUUUAAAAUGCUACUGUAGUCCUUCUGUGUGUGUAUGUGCAUGCGUUUGCACAUGCGAGGGAUGAGACUCAGAGCCUAGUCCAUGUGAGGCAAGCAUCUUACCACUGAGUUACACCCUCAGCACCUAAGAGGCUUUUUAAAAACUAUUUACUUUGAGACAGGGUCUCUUGUAUCAUCAGGUGGCCUCCAACUCACUGUGUAACCGCGGAUGGACUUGAAUCUCCUACUACCUUUCUGCCUCUAUCGCCUUUGGCAUUUGCCAUCGCUGCUGGCCUUAGAUGUCCUUGAAGUACAUUCUCAAUGCUUUGUUAACCACCACUGCUGCUAUCUCCAGAACUUCUUAUUGGUCCCAAACUGAAAUACCACACCCCCAUAAUAAUUACUAACUAACCCCUACACAGUAACUCCCAUCCUGCCCCAGGCCGAUGACCUCUGGUGGUCUGCUUUCUCCCUUCUUCACUGGCCUGAUUUAGGUACUCAUGGAGAUAGAACCCGGUAUUUAUCAUUUUGCCUCACCCCUUUAUGAUAUACAUGUGGAGAAGGAUGCGGCUUGCCCGAGGCCUCUGAGCAUGACAAAGGCGUAGCUACCAGCACAACCCAGAGCUCCUAACUCUUCAAAGAUUCUAUACAGAGUGAAUGAAGCAUGCUCAGGGGUGUGGCUGAAUCCCCAUCUAGGUUGGAGUUCAUUUCCCACCUCACACACCUUCCGUCCUCCUUUAUCAUUAUCUAUAGUUUCCUUCCUGUCAUUACACCCUACCUGGUUUCUGCCACCGUAGGGAGUGGCCCUAACCUAGGGCCAGGCUUUCUCCUCUGGGGCCCUGGGCUCUCUAUAGCACUAGUCCUCAGCUUCCUAUGUCCUCUGGUGUGCUGUUUCCUCCUUUGGAUUUGUAUGUGACCUUAGCAGUCUCCUCCCUGUCCCAACAAACUCACCCGCCCGCCCCAUCUCGGAAGUGCCAUGUGCAGUCUGUCUCCCGAUUCCAAGGUCUGCUCUCAGAUCUGGAAUUAUCCUGUCCUGUGUUUAUUUUGUAUUUUCUCUCACUAGAGGUGUCCGCUGCUUCUAUGGAUCAUGCUAUUCCAUCUCCUCCAGUCCUCCUCAUCAGAUUCAUCUCACUCUCUGCCUCCUGCCUUCCCUGUCCUCAGUCUCCCCGUAGCAUCACCUUCCCCUGGGAGGAUGUGGAGUGGACAGGGACUUGCUCUUCACCUUUGGAUCUUCUCUGCCCAGCCUACUUCCGGUGGCUUUGCUAUAAAGCAGGGGAAGCUUGAAAGCUCUCUUCUUUGGUUUUGUGCCUCUGUCUCCAUCCCAUCAGUUCUCCCCUGCUGAUCAGCUCAUCUUGGCAGAACCUACUACCCUGAACCAGCGGCAUCUGCAGUUUGCAGAGUCCACAGAUCCACGAAAGGGGACCAAGGACAUGAUCCUGGGCCACAGUCCCUGCUCCACCUGACCACUUUCCUUCUUCACCGUCCCGGGACCCUCCUCUUCUCUCUGCCUACCCCAUUGACAUGGCCUUCACUAGCUCCCUGGACCCUAAUGGGAGAGGCUUUGGUUUCCUUCAAGUAUCCUGGAAGGACUGAGGCAGUUGAGUCCUUAUCUCGACACAUGCAAAGCCACCUGUGCCACUUAUAUAACGAGAGACCUCAGCUGGCAGUCUGGAGACCUAUCCCAAGUUUGAGCCUCCCAGUUUUAUGGUCCUCUUAGGAGCUCUAUGACCUAUGGGCCUCAGAUAUCCUUUCUGUUUUGGGCUCUACAGCCUCUGGAUCCACUGGGCCUUGGCAACCCUUGUUCUUGGCUCAACUAUUGAUCUCUGUGCCUUAGUUUACUUCUUCACACAGGGGGCUCACCCACCACAUCAUUCCUAGCAUCUAUCCAGACCUUUUGGUGCCUCUUCAGUUAGGCCUUGCCAAUGUGAUCAAGGCAGCUGGGGCACCAAUGGCAACUCUGUCCCCAUAGUAGAAGCAUCACCAGGGAAAUUGGCAGAAGUGCAGAUUGUUGGCCCCACUGCAGCAGACCCAGAUGUCUGGGGCAUGAAAGAGCCUCUAGUCAUUCUGACUAGACAAGUUUGCCAACAGCAACAGGGUUGUGGGCCCAGGUGAGCUUUCAGUGCAACUUGGGCAGGAACAAUGGAAAACAACCAGUCAGCGGGACUCCUAGAUUCAGGGCGUCUGGCCCCACACAGAACAGCACUGUGGCAUUUCCUCUUUCUGGAAGCUGGAGUGGGGGCAAUGGUCUUGCAGGUUUCCUGUUAUCUCUCUGGCUCCAUCUCAGCCCAGCUCACCCUCCCCGAGUAAUCGGUGGUCACAGUAGGCAAGGGGGAGAGUCCCUGGAGGCAGGAGGCCAGAAGGACCAGAGGGCCUCUGCCAAGGGAAAGAAACCUAAGACUGCAAGAACAAAAUUCGGUGCCUGCUCACCUCACCCUCCCAUGCCACACCUCCUCGUCCUCCUGAUUCCAGGGAGACCAUGAAGACAGUGCCAAAAAUCAGUUCCAACCCCCAGCGCCUAGGGAAGAGCUAGAGACUGCCUCUCCUCUCCAUCCUGGCUCCCCGCCUCACCCUGGCCAAUACUGUGACGCCCCUCCUGCUCAGCCUGGUUUCCUGGUGAGGGUCCUGCAGUCGUGGGCCCUGCCGGACCACUCAGGAGGGAAGGGACCAAGGGCAUCCUUGGGCCAACUGUCCACCUAUCCCUUCCACUGUUCUGUCCUUCUCCUCUCCCUUCUGUCACCUCGCCCCCUGCCUUUCUUUCUUUAAAGGCUCCUUCCCAGGACAUAUUGGGUGGUAGGACAGCAUCUGGUCCACCAGCUAUCCUUGCCCUGUGUCUUAUUUUAGACAUGAGAACUGUACAGUGUAAACUUACAAAGUGUUUUUAAUGGUUGUAGAUUGGAAAUAAAGUAUGUCAUAUAAAC